AAUGCUUAUAUUGUUUUAUUUGGUAUCGCUGUGGAAAAAAUAAUAUUCUUAACAUACAUCUAAUGGACUAAAUUAGUAUUUAUUUCGUAUUGCAACGUUAAUUCCAAACGUUAUGUUUACAUCAAAAUGGUAUGCCCCAUUUCUGGUUCAUUCGCGUCCAUCAUGGCGGCUCUACCAUCCACUUUGGUGUCUCCCACCAGAGAUUUUGUGGAAAAUAGUAAAGUUCUCGUAGUUGGAGCUGGCGGAAUCGGAUGUGAGCUCCUCAAGAACCUUGUCCUGACAAACUUCAAGUACAUAGAAGUGAUUGACCUGGAUACCAUCGAUGUCAGCAACCUGAACCGGCAGUUCCUCUUCCAGAAACAACACGUGGGCAAGUCCAAGGCACAGGUGGCCAAGGAAAGUGCCCUAAGAUUCAACCCAGAUUGCAACAUCAUAGCAUAUCAUGACAGCAUUACCAAUCCAGACUAUGGAGUGAAUUUCUUCAAAAAGUUUACCCUGGUAUUGAAUGCUCUUGAUAACAGAGCUGCACGUAACCAUGUGAACCGUAUGUGCCUGGCUGCUGACGUCCCUUUGGUGGAGAGUGGCACAGCGGGUUACCUGGGACAGGUCACUGUCAUCAAGAAGGGCCUGACGGAAUGUUACGAGUGUGAACCCAAACCACCACAGAAGACCUACCCAGGGUGCACUAUCAGGAAUACACCCUCUGAACCCAUCCACUGUAUAGUGUGGGCCAAGUAUCUCUUCAAUCAGUUGUUUGGUGAGGAGGAUGCAGACCAGGAUGUGUCCCCAGACACAGAAGACCCAGAACUAGCAGGAGAGGCUGGAGAGAGAGCUGUACAGCAGGAGGCAGGCGAGAAUGCCAUCGGGGGAGGCAUCCAGAGGACAUCCACUCGGGCAUGGGCAGUCUCCACUGGGUACGAUGCAGCCAAGUUAUUUCACAAGUUGUUCCAUGAUGAUGUGAAGUACCUGUUGUCUAUGGAGAAGUUGUGGCAGAAGAGGCGACCACCGACCCCGCUAGACUGGAACAACCUCCCUGAAGAAAAUGGGACAGCUGAGACGGACAGCAACACUCGCAUCCAGGAUCAGCAGCUGUGGAGCAUCAGGAGGUGUGCUGCUGUCUUUAGGGACAGCAUUGAACAACUGAAGGAGCAGCUGGCUGCCAGGGGGGACGGGGCGGAGCUCGUGUGGGACAAGGAUGACGAGGCCUCAAUGGACUUUGUAACUUGUGCCGCCAACAUCAGAGCACACAUCUUUGGUAUCCCCACCAAGACCAGGUUCGACAUCAAGUCGAUGGCAGGGAACAUUAUACCAGCUAUCGCCACUACAAAUGCUGUUAUAGCUGGGCUGAUAGUCAUGGAGGCACUCAAGAUACUCUCUGGGAACAUCAACAAGUGUAAAACAGUGUUCCUGAAUAGACAGCCUAACCCCAGGAAGAAGCUGUUGGUACCCUGUAAACUGGUCCCACCAAACCCCAAGUGUUACGUGUGUUCAGCCAAGCCUGAGGUGUCGGUACAACUCAACAUCAACACGGUCACGGUCAAGACACUGGAAGACAAGAUUAUCAAAGGCCAGUUUGGGAUGGUUGCACCUGAUGUGGAAAUAGAUGAUGGGAAAGGAACCAUCCUCAUAUCUAGUGAAGAAGGGGAAACAGAAGCUAACAACAGCAAACACCUGAGUGAGUUUGGAAUCAGAAGUGGAUCCCGACUGAGGGCAGAUGACUUCCUCCAGAACUAUGAACUCGUUAUCAAUGUCAUCCAUGUGGAUCAGUUAGAAGAGGACAAAGAGUUUGAAGUUGUAGGACAGAUGCCAGAGCCAGGUCCUCAGCCUGACACUCCCCAGCCCAGUACUAGCACUAACGGCCCUACAGAACCCCAACCUGGCACCUCCAAAGAUGUAGAAGAAGAGGAUCUGAUGAUUAUCGAAGACGAAGAAGAAGACAAGGCUCCGUCAAGCAAGGCUACGACAGGAGUCAAACGUAAGACAUCAGAUAGCAGCGAUCAGCCCGUGACUAAAAAGGUUCGCACGGCAGCUGCAGAGGUGGCAGAGGAGGACGACAUCAUUCCACUGUAGAGUGCAAUUCACACAUUACUGACCCUUGACCCUGUUUUAGGGCUUCCCAUUGUACAUGUACCCUGCAGGAUAUCUUGGGUUAUUGGCAGUUGUUUGGAAGUCUGACAGAGGUGGUUUUACUAACACUUGGGUUUAGCUUUAGCUGUAAUAGCAGCUAUAACAUAUUGUUCUUGGGCAUCAGCAAAUACAUUUUUUGGUCUCAACAUUUUUUCCAUUUUUUCAAGGUAGAAGUUGACAACAAGUGUCAAAAUAUUUCAACCUAAGUAGUG